AUGGCGCUUGCGACCGCGGCGUCGCUCCCCGAGUUGGUACCGCCGCAGCGGGCGGCCUUGAGCCUCACGCAGCGCGCGACGUGCGACAGCUGGGACAACAUCAGCGAUGCCAUCGCCAGGAAUCGCUGCGACGAGUGCGCGACGCCCACGCCGUCGCCACGAGUUGCGACGAGCGCCCCGGCGGCCGCCGCCGGAGGAGCGGCGCCGGCGCCGGGGCCAGGCGGGCCCGGGCUUGGGCUCCUCGUGAGCUGCGGCGGCGGCCCCCGGGGCGGGCCCCACAUUGAGAGCGCCGACGGGCGCGCGGUGUUUCGCAUCGCGGAGCACAUGGACGAAGAGGUCUCAGCAUCGAGAAGCCAAGAGACGAUUAAGAACAGCAUCGAGAACCAGUGUUUGUCAGCCGCCACGGAGGCCAUUGACGACAUCCCUGAACAGUUGAGCAGCGUAGUGCAGAAUAAGGUCGAGAGCCUCGCCGAGAGUGUGAAGACCACCCUCCUAUUGGUGCAAAUGGCCAUCCGCAGCAGCUGUGAGGACGAAGAUCUUAUCGACGUGGCCAUCGACCAGCUGGACAAAAUCCCAGACAUCAUCAGGAAUGUGUUCGCUUCGAAGAUGAUGGAGGCGAACGGUGCAAUACGGAUGAAGUUGAGCGCCGUCAUGCAGAGGAUCAAGAGCAUUACCCCUGAGAGCCAAGACAUGGUCACGCAGAUGUGGACCAUUCCCGAGGAGCUGGAGAAGAUCACCUCGGAGGCGAUUGACCAGGCGGUGCAAGAUUCCAAGCGGGAGGCGACCAAGCAGUGCGAUCACGUGCUGAGGACCCUGCCGCAGGCCGCGGCGGUGAGUCGCCAGGCUUUGGAAGACACCGCGGUGCGCAUCACGGAGGCCAUCUCCGAGAUGUUUUUCGAGACCAUGCGGGCCCUGCGGCGCACGACCGCCGCGAACGUGAAGCACGCCGUGGCCUACGUGGACGACCCCGGCGACGUGGCGCCCACGAAGUGCUCCACCUCCGACGCCCGCCCGCGGGCCAAAAUGCACACCGUGCCGCGGACGGACGGCGCCCCCACGUCCUGGCCCAGACACGGCGCGGCCGGCCGCCGGGCCGACCGGCGGCGCGGCGGGGGGGCCCACGCCGACGCACCUGCCGGCCUCGAUGCCGGCGCCAAGGGCGUGUGGCUGGCCAUGUUCGCGCACCUCUCGGGGUGA